GCAAAGGCACCGAAGAGGUUGACUCCAUUGCACGCUAUCAUCAUCCACAGCAGCAGCAGCAGCAGCAGCAGCAGCAAGGACCUCCUGCACCGCCACCGCUACCGCCGCCCCAGUCGCUAGAGCUGCCACCGUAUCCGAGUCCACCCUCGACAACGUGCCAUUCGCGGCAGGCAAGCGAAGACUUCCCACCACCACCACCUGCCAUCGACUUCGAGCCGCUCAACGAGCAGCUGAACGAGAUCCAAAGCCUACAGGCGGCUGCGGCGGCAGCAGCGUCGUCGUCGUCGUCGACGGCUGUCACGGCUACUAGCAGCAGCAGCAGCAGCAACACCGGCGGUGGUUACACGCAACAGAAGCAACUAAUGCAGCAGCAGCAGCAGGCACAUGAUCAAUCAGCAAGCAUCCAGAAUACGACCAGCAUCUUGGCACAGCUGCAGGCUAAACAGCUACAACUGCAACAGAAGCGCCAACAGCAGCAGCAACAGCAACAGCAACAGCAGCAACAGAAACAAAUGCAGUACCAGUUGCACCAACAGCAGCAGCAGCAGCAGCAGCAGUAUCUCCCGAACAACCCGAUCAGCGCGAACGAGAUUCUGAACGAGACGACCCGAUCGGAGAUCUGGCUAAAGGAGCUGCAGAUGAAGCAGCUCGCCCUCAAGCAUCAACAGCAAUGCCGCGAGGUGGCUGUCCAGCAGCAGCAGCAGCAGCAACAGCAGCAGCAACAGCAACAAUCAUCCCACGAACAGCAGCAGCAGCAGAGUAGCAAUGGUGAUCAGCGUAGCGUGCGCGAUCUGGCAUCACGGUUCGAGCAAAUCAAGCUGCCUGUCGGACAGCCGGCAGCAUCUGCUGCACCACUACUAUUGCCUUCGAACGUGCGCACCGGUAUGAGUGGUUUGUUGCUGGAUCAACAGCAGCAGCAGCAGCAGCAGCAGCAGGGUACGAAGCAGCAGACAAGUGUUAGCCUGCGGACGACGACCCCUUCACCGACAGUGCAGCACGGUGGGGCGGACUAUCCGCUACCAUCACCGGCGCCACCAUCACCGACCCCUAAGGGUCAGCUGGUUGGUCAGGACGGUGGUGUGGAUGAGGUCGACUGUUCGAUGGUGGCCGCAGCGUACCGGAUGCAGUUGCCGAAGCCCCGGUACGAUAUUGCGCAGAGCCAGAUCCAGGAGGAGAUACGCGAGGUCGAGAUGCUGAACCAGGUCGUCCAGCAAACGCUCAACAAUGGGGUACCGAGUACGAUGGGUUGCGGUCAGGGCGGUGUACCACCACCACCCAAGUCGGCACUGGGCAGGACGAAGAAGAAGAGUGUCUCGUUCUGCGAUCAAGUCAUUCUCGUUGCGACGGCCGACGAGGACGAGGACGAUGGUUUCAUUCCGAAUCCGAUACUCGAGCGUGUCCUCCGAACGGCCAACGGUGGUAGCGGGGCAGCCGGUGACAACGAGUCCGUCACCAGCGAUUGGUUGCAUGCGGGCGUAUCAGAGGCCAUACCUGGGCCGGCUGGUGGCCACCUGCCUCCACCGGCACUACCACUCACCAGCAACGGCAACAGUGUGGCGGCGUCGUCGUCAGCUGGUGCACAUGAGCGGCUGCCAACCCUCUCGACCAGCAUCACGUACCAUCCGAUCAAGGCGGCGGCGGCGGCCACAACAGCACCAGUAGCACUACCAUCUCCACCGUCUUCGGUCAUCGGUCAUCAGUCACCAUCGGUCGUUGGCUCGAGCGGUCCAGCGGCGUACUCACUGGCGGCCGAUAUGCACAAGCAGAACCUCGAGAUCCAGCGGCAGCUGCAGCAGCAACAGCAGCAGUACUACGGUGCGACCAGCAACACUACCGAAAGCUAUCAACAGCAGCAACAACAACCGCUGCAGCAGCAGCAGCAGCAGCAGCAAACAUAUUCUGUCAUCCCUCUGAAUUCUGCCGGUUUCAAGACGCAUCAGUUCUUGUCGACCUUACCGAAGGUGCAGGCUCUGCGCGAUCAGCAGCAGCAGCAGCAGCAGCAGCAACAACAACAAUAUGCGCAACAGGCCCAGCAACAGCAGCGACUGUAUGGUAGCGAUUCGGGCAGUGAGCUCAGCUACGAUGGUCGCAGUUCUGGUUCGCUCGUAGCUCCAACAUCACCCUACAUGAGCGUACCGUAUCCACACGAGCUUCAUCUGCCAGUGCAGCAGCAACAGCAGCAGCAGCAGGCCAACAUUGGCUAUCAGACCGUAUCGGCUUCGCCAACAACCAUCACCACCAGCACGAGCGCCGCUUCGGUGGCGAACGGUGCACCGGCUCUACCUCUCGGCAUCCGCCAGAACCUGGCCACCAUGCUGCAGCAGCAGCAGCAACAGCAGCAACAACAACAACAAGGAGUAGGUGGCGCUGCCACCUUAAUGCGCUCCUCACCAAGCGGCGGAAUCUCAAUGGCAGCAGCAGCUGCUGCAUCAGGCGGUGCAGGAAUGCAAAGCGUCUACCAGAAGCCACCUCUUCCACUAACCAACUACAACCAGCAACAGCAGCCACACCACACGCCCUACAACACUUAUGCUCAACAGCAACAGCAGCAGCAGCAGCAGCAGCAGCAGCAGCAGCUAAGUAGCUCACCCUAUCAGCGGCUUCCACUAGCGAACGGGUACGAGAUGAGCUCAUCGACGUCUUCACCAUACCACGAGCUAUCAGCAGCACAUCAUCAGCAGCAGCAGCAGCAGCAGCAACUGCAUCCAGCCUUAGGUAUCCUUCAGCAACAGCAGCAGCAGCAGCAGCAGAAACCUCCGCAGAAGAAGGUGAGCUUCGAACCCGGUACCAAGGGAGGCGGAGCUGAUGGACCAUCCGGCUCACCGUUACCACCUCAGCAACAGCAGCAGCAGCAGCAGCAGCAGCAACAGGUGCCCUCCCUCCAGAUGAUGCCACUCGAGGUGCAACAGCAGCAGCAGCAGCAGCCGCUAUCGAACAUCCUGGGCCUGCCACCGACGCGUGUUGUCCCGAUAGCGACCUGCAAUGGGAACGCGAUCGUUAAACCAUCGGCCAAGGCAGUCCAGUGUAACCUCUGCCGCAAGAAGCACUGCAUUCUGCCGGCCAUCUACUGUGCCGACUGCGAGUCCUAUCUGGCGCGCUUCCAGCUGGCCGGUGCCGGUCGCCGCUAGGGGACGUGAACGUGACGAGCAAACUGCUCAGCUCAGCGGCUGUUGUAGGGGGGUUUUGUUUAGUUGCUUUUUUGUUUCAUUUUUGUUUUAACGUUAGGUGUGCGUGGCGCGUCCGGUGGUCUGUGAUAAUUGAAACCAAGAGCUGAAAAAAGGCGUACUGCGCGACUCGCUGCUGCAAUCCACUGCAACGUUUUUGUUUGCAACGUUCAAUGGAGAAGCGUCGCCUGCGGAAGGAGGUGAAGGAGAACCAGCUGUUGCCCAGCAGCAGGUGGUUGCUGGGCUGGGCUGGGCGGACUAAAGCAUACAUAUGGUUCUUCGCGCUCCGCUAUAUCGGAUGCAUCAAAUGCGGUUCCGUUAUUGAAGCGUUGGCCCGCUGUGCUGGUGAGCAGGGGGGGCCUGCCUUGCGAUAGAGAGAGAGAGAGAGAGUGCCUUACCUGGACCUGGAGGAGAUUCCGGGGUCUAUUAGUAAAAUUAAAUGAUUGUUGGCACCAUCAAUGGGCCUACUGCUGUAAAGGUAGUCAGUUUAGGAAAGUGAAAAGAAAAGCAAAUUGUAAUAAAUAUAAAUGCAAGCGCUGUUAACGUUAACGAAAGCGCAUGUCGAAUUACUAAGUAGUAGGUACCGCUAGCGCUCCACAGGCAUGGGUGCAUUAGGGUUAAGGAAGCAAGUUAGUGACGUUACAUUAGACAAAAACAAAACAGACGUACACCGUGCAUAGAUACGGAAAACGGUGGAAGUAGCAGCAACAGUCGUAGGGGGUGUGCCAUGUUCUGAAUGAUGAAGUCUAGGAGAGGGAGAGUGAGGAGAGUGAGACGAAGAAAUAGAAGAGAUGGAGAGGAUGGACCCGCGGAGAAGGCUUCGGGGUCUGUUCUUCUUCUUCUGUUACUUCUUCACUGCUUCAAAUUUUAAAAAUCCGUUCUUAGUAGUUAAGUUUUAAAUCUAAUAUUAGAGCGAGGGGGGAUUAACGUUCACCCACCGCCCCUCCCACUCACACACAGAGGGAGGGGUGGUGUGCUACUCCAUACGAGACAUUCCACUAGGAUUAAGGAAGCUUUUGCAUCUGUGUACGGAUGUGUGCGUGAUUUGUGUAUCACUCGAACACAUUCACUCGGACACGCACAUGUACGCAGAAGCAAUUGAUACACGUAAGCUAAUUAAUAUUGUUUUUUUUUUAAUUUUCAAACUUUACCUUAUCCCUCCCCACUCCCCCCGUUAAUCAUCAUUCUUUAUUAUUUUGCUCUCAGUUUCAUCCCGUUUUACUCCUUUCCCCGCUCCCGCCUCUCUUUUUCCGUAGGUUCUUCUGCGUGUUAAGCGCAGCAUCAAUCAAGCAGAAGAAGAAUGCCCAGCAUGCCCGCUAGCACGAUCGAGCGAUCGUAUUGCGAAAACCCCAUAGAGAAGUAGUAACGCGUAAGGAUUUUAUAACGAUUUUUGAAAUGACAUAAAAAAAACAAACAAACAACCCAAAACGGUUGGAAUUCAAAUUGAACAUUUGCUAAUAAAAGUU